AAACGUUUUACCUGAAGGCAGAAAACGUAGACGUGAUAGAAAGGUAGUAUAAGACGGCGCGGCAAUGAAAUGAAACGUACGCUGGCCAAGUCUAUUGCGAUCUUGGGUCGUCAUUAUCAAUCAGCAAAGCCCGCUUCCGAUCAGGCCCGAACCCAUGGCCCGUAGCUUCGUACUGUGGCUGCACGGCCUGGGCGAUUCGGGCCCCGCCAACGAACCUAUCAAGACCUUCUUCACUUCUGCCGUCUUCGCCAACACCAAGUGGUCCUUCCCUUCUGCCCCUAACAAUCCUGUCACCUGCAACUAUGGUUCCGUGAUGCCUUCAUGGUUUGACAUUCACGAAAUACCAGUGACAGCUGAUUCUCCUCAAGAUGAAGGCGAUGUGCUGAAGGCAGUUCAAAAAGUCCAUGACAUGAUAGACAAAGAUGCAGCAGGAACCAAUCCUAAUAAUGUCUUUGUAUGUGGGUUCAGUCAAGGAGGUGCUUUAACGUUGGCAAGCAUUCUGCUCUACCCGAAAACUCUUGGUGGAGGUGCCGUGUUUAGUGGUUGGGUCCCAUUUAACUCUUCAAUUUUACAAAGGGUUACAGAAGAUGCAAAGAAGACGCCUAUCCUGUGGUCCCAUGGCAUUGCUGAUAGAACUGUACUAUUCGAAGCUGGACAAGCUGGUCCUCCCUUUCUCGAAAGAGCUGGCAUAAGCUGUGAAUUUAAGGCCUACCCUGCUCUCGGCUCCACAGUUCGUCCUGAAGUCGGACAUACUUGAACAUACUAACAGGUUAUGAAGAAACAAGAUUGGUCCAUAUUUGAAAAUAAAUAAAUGAAAAUUUGAAAACGUUGUGAUAGGAACAUCAGCCUUGUGAAUUGUCAAUCAUUGACACAUCUUUGCUAGUACGCUAGCGUAAGCAAUAUGAUUGACGUGAGGAAAUGAAAAUUGAGACAUUUCUUGACACA